GUUGGCGCAUGACUCUGGCAUGCAGACGAGUGUGAAUUUGUGUCUGUCGUGAAAGAUUUUCAUUUUAGUAAUUAAAGUGUUAAAAAUUUAUUAAAUCGCCCAAAAACUAUUAAAAAGUGUAGUGAAAAAGCUUUCUUUCCCUUAAAGUUAAACUUUAUUAGACAACAUGAAGUUUCGUGCUCUAAUGCAAGAUCCUGAAUAUAUGAAAGAAUUUCAAAAUAUUAUUUUAACACUAUCCAAAUUAACUAAAGAAUGUGUUAUUGAUAUAACAACAGAUAAAAUGUAUUUUAUAGCCAAUGAAGAAUCUGGCACAACAGCACCUUUAGUUUGGGUGGAAAUAGAGGCUGGCUUAUAUUUUCCUGAGUACGAAUUAAAACUACAAGAUGAAAGACAUGCUCAUAUAAUGCUGGCCAUCUCACCGGCAAAUUUAAGUCGUGCUCUAACACAUUUACGUUCCAAUGCUCGUACUUGUAAAAUGAAUUUAAUAAAUAUACAAUUCUCCUGUCUACGCAUAGAAAUUGAAAUACCUUCACAAACCUCUAAUAAUAGCACCAAAACUGUACAUGAUGUACCGGUUAGUAUUAUACCACGCUCGGAUUGGAGUUUCUAUGAAGUACCACAAAAACCCAAAUCGAAAUUAAUUUUAAAUGUACCCUCGAAUCGUUUAAUGCGUGGUCUUAUUGAUAAAGUUAAAAAUCUAUCACCAACUAUUAUCUUUUAUGCCACUUCCAAUGGUGAAAUGAAUUUAGUGGCUGAAACUGAAAUGGCAACAAUAACUACACAUUAUAAACAACUGGAAAUUAAGGAAAUCGAUCGAACUGCCUCUUCAGACUCCAGUGAACAAAUUGAAGCUUCCUGUUCGGUGGAUUGUAAGAAAGCUUCUCUUUUCUUUACUGCUCUACAAGUACCCACUUUAGAACUAUCAUGUGGCAUAGAUGAUGAUCGUCUCAUACAUAUGGAAGUGGAUGUGCGACAGGGUAUUGCUAUACAUUCCAUUUUGCCAGCAGUUUGUAUUUAAAUUUUUCAUACUUUUUCUCUUCGUCUGACAUUCAAUUGGCAUUUCCUAUCAGUUAUAUAUACUUUUAUGGCUUUUUCAUUCUCUGUCUGUUUGGAGACAUUUAUUUGUUUACUAUUUUUUUAUAUAUAUAUACAUACCUACAUACAUACAUACAUAUUUAUCAAUACCAAUAAAGUGGAAAAUAUAUUUAAUAUUAUUUA